GUAUGACUCGCAUGCCAUAUAACAGAUACAACAGCACCCCUCAGGCCUAUCUCAAACCAUGGAUACCCCAUGUCCCGCAAACAUUCAAGAAUUUCUGACAUUCCUUCCUGCCAGACCUGAGCUGCGCCUAAAUGCGACUUCCGAAACUGAGGUUUACACCGCCCUAGAUAUCGCCCCUCCAGAGGACCGUCCCAUCUACUGCAGGCUAUACCCUGAGCUGAUCCCAAAACUGAGGAGUUUCCUCGGUGGAUUGGUCCAUGACCAAGGUGUUGGCGGUGUGUCUUGCCGGUCGAUGCAGCGGGACUUGCAGCGUAUGAGGAGGAUGUCUUUCCGGACUGACUCGGGAGCUGAAGUGAGCUUGUAUGGCAGCCUCGCCAUCUCAGCGGUAGAGCCUGUCGUUCAGACCAUCGCUGAGGUUGCUGGGUUCACAGGUUGUAUCAGUGUGAUGUACGAACCUGUGUGUUCCCAGCGAGGUAACUUUGACAUUGCCGUGGAACAAGAAUGGCUUGAUGACGGACUCGUUCGGCGGGAGCGCGUACUGGUUUGUUCUGACGAGGAUAAGGCUUAUUUGGUAUUGCUUGAGAAGGCGGAGGAUUUGAGUCGGCCACUCAGACUUGAUGUGACCAAGAAGCAAACUGGUGCCAAGGCCAUGGCUGUGAAACUUGCACUACAUAUGGUUGCAGCAAAAGCAGAGUAUGGAUUUUUCUUUGCUGGUUAUAUUGCAAUUGCAGCGCAGCUGGUACGCUCUCCCAAUCCGUCUCGUCCGGGAAGAAUUCUACUCCUUUCACCUGUUUUUAAACUUCAAAGUGAAACUCUUCCGUAUCCAAACCCGCUCACGCAGUUCCAGGCUAAGAUACCCGCCGAGCCGUUCCUUGCGAUACUGGUUGCUAUGCUAUGCGUCAACCUACUUUCAACCGGUCAUACCGUCGAGAGUCCGCCUGAUCUCUUGUUGGAGGCGAUGCCCGACGAAGACGACGAAAGUAACAGCAAAGAAUAUACUGAUGUCUGGGAAGAAGCCGGUCAGGGUAGUAUCCCGAGUUUGAGUUUACGAGUAGCAACCAAUGCUAUGAUAUUGCAGCAUCCGUGCUUGCGCUCUGACGACAUACAUCGUAUCUAUGCCGAUCGCGAUACUCUCUUAGAUGGCCAAAGUAUCCUAGCUGCCCGUACUAAAGACUCUAGUCUACCUCCGAGUCAGCAAUCAUUUAUGCAUCUUUGUCGUUGUGCCCCUCGGAUCCCAUCAAUCGAUGUCGACGCGGUGACUCUUGUAGAACGAGUUGGGGCGAAUCGAUGGAGCAGUGUAUGGAGGUGCCGUGUCAACGACGAAGAGAAACUGCAUAUCAUGAAGUUUGUGUCGGAGGUCCACUCAAACAUGGUUCUGCGUGAGCUUUAUAUGUACGAGGUGGCCCUCAAGGACUGUUCCCUCGUCCCCAUGUGCUAUGGGAUAUUUCAAAGGCCUGUCGGCGGAUGGUUUGGAUUCUUGCUCGAGGAUGUGGGGGACAACCUAGAGGAAAUCUAUGGUAUGAGCUGGGGUGAUGUAAAGAGGGGUGUGAGUGCGAUGCAAUGGAAAAGGUUGAUUGAUUCGGUGGAGAAGUUACACUGUUUGAGUGUUCGGCAUGGUGACCUUGAGCCGCGGAACGUGGCGCUGACCACAGAAGGGUUCAAGUUUUUUGAUUUUGGACGGUCAGAAAUGCAUUGUUGCCAGCGGGAUGAGUGGGGAGUUGCAAGAUCUAUUAGACGCGUAAUGAAAACAUAGAUAUUACCUACUCGCACGGCCAAUGCCCCUUGGCUGGAGGCGGCGUACUUGCGGAAAAGGUAUCGAGCAAGAGAAAGUGAGUGCCUCUUUUCGUAUAGAAACUAGCAGCACCAAAAGUUUGAGUUCCUUCGAUGACUCUCACGUAUAUCUUCAGUAGACAAGCUUCAAAAACGAAAAGUUAUGUGUGUUAAGAGCCAGCAACAGGAAACUACGGAUCGUAAUAGACGCUUGCUUUACCGGUGAAAAGCGUCUGCAUUAUCCCUAAGGAACUCGAUCUGUUCCUUCCGAUAGU